GCUAUUUUCAUAAGUCACUAGAUCUGGCAGCUCUGCUGUCAAGGAUGCAAGCAUAAUGAAAAAAUCAGAAAGCAGAAAGAGUCAGAAUCAGUGUGUAAAAUAUAAAUCUUUCUUCGAACCACCCAUAAAUUCAUAAUGAGCCAUCGCGACGAGAAGAUGGACAUAGAUCCUGAAGCACCGCCUGGUAUUUCGUCAUCUCUAUCUGUGUCAUCGGGGGUGUCUGCUCAAGUAGGAACCGGCAAUCUAGCUACUACUGUACAUGCGGAAUCCCGAAAUGUUAUGGCCGGUAGUGCUACCGUACCGUCUGUUACAUGCUCUUUGCAUCCGCUGGUAAUUAUGAACAUUUCCGACCACUGGACAAGGAUUCGGGCACAGAAUGGAUUUAGAUCUCAGGUUUUUGGAGCACUAAUUGGUAAGCAGAAAGGUCGGAACAUUGAAGUUAUGAAUUCUUUCGAGUUAAAGUUUGAUGUAGUCGAAGAUGAGGUACAUAUCUUGAUGGACUACUACAACGUGAAAGAGCAACAGUACAAACAGGUUUUCAGUGAUUUGGAUUUUUUGGGCUGGUAUACAACUGGUAGCAUACCUUCGGAAAAGCACAUUAAUAUUCACAAGCAAAUUUGUCAAAUUAAUGAGUGCCCAAUUAUGUUGCUGCUGGAUCCAACUAGUCGAAAUAUGAACCAGCUGCCGAUUUCGCUGUAUGAAUCGGUAAUCGACAUUGUACAAGGCGAUGCGGUAAUGCUGUUUGUUCCACUAACGUAUACUUUGGCUACUGAAGAAGCGGAAAGAAUUGGGGUAGAUCACGUUGCUCGAAUGUCAACUAAUGAAUCUGAUGAGAAUUCGACUGUUGCCGAGCAUUUGCUAGCUCAGCACAACGCUAUCAAAAUGUUGCACUCAAGAGUAAAAAUCGUGUUAGCAUACAUCAAAGCUGUUGAAGGUGGUCAACUGGAGGUGAAUCAAGAGAUACUCCGCGGAGCUUUCUCUCUUAGUCGUCGAUUGCCGGUGAUUCAGAAUCCAGCAUUCAAGGAAGAAUUUUACACGCAAUCAAAUGACGUCGGUCUUAUAACUUACCUUGGUGCUUUAACAAAAGUGUCUAACGAUAUGAAUCAGCUGGUUAAUAAAUUUAACGUGCUGUAUGAUCGCCAAGGAAUGGGCCGCAGAAUGCGAGGAUUAUUUUUUUAAAUUUUAAGUUCAGUAGUUUGAUAAAAUGCAAAAGGUGAAACUGUUGAGUUUGUUUCCACUAA